AUGAAGUCAAGACAUGCGACUGUGAGUGUAGAUGCAAUGCUGGAAGCUCUGCAGCGCUCAAAUGAGCUGAAGUUAGAGAAAGAAGAUGAAGCUCUUAUAAAAUCAGUGUUCAAGGGACAACGUGAGCCUGUGGUUUUACGAAGGAUUGAUGAAGAUUUAGACGAUGAUGAUGAGAAUGAGUAUUUAUUUGCUACUGAAACUGAUGAAAAAUCAACUCGUCCUUCGAAGAGGAUAAAAGUGCAUGAAGAGAAGAAUCAUUCUAACCCAACAGAUAUUUUUACAAAAGUCAGCAUUGACAGCUCCAGCAGUCAAGAUAAUGCCCGUGCUCGUGGGGCUCCCGAUAAGGGAAAGUUUCUUUUCAAGUCCUCUUCUGUCCGGGUUUCAAUUGUGAAGAAACCAACUGCAGAGUCGAAGGGGAAGAAGCUCACGGAGGAAACUGUGAAGGGCGAUGAACAAUGUCCAGCGGCUAACAAAGAUGAAGAAGAAAAGCAAGAUGCCCAACACACAUCUGUUACGAGCAGUGGAUUACAAUCUCUAUGCCAAAUGUAUGGAAGUGAUGAAGAUGAUGUGUGA